AUGGCCCGGGCCGUACCAAUCGCCAUCCAGCAUACAUUUCGGCAACAGGAUAUCCAACGGGCCGAAUUAUGCCAGCAGGCGGAUGGGAGGGCCGGUCAGCAAUAUGAGGAUGAAGAGUUUUUGAUCCGUGAGAUUGAGAAGUGGGUUGAUCGUUGUUGGACAUGCAGCCAAGGAGGCCGUGACGAUGGACAUGAGAUGUGGAAGUGUUGGUAUGGUGAAGGGGGCAGCGGCAAGAUUGCGCAGGCCAGUAAGGAUUGGAUGGUCAAGAUUCGACGGCAGAUUUCGUACGAUGGGUUCACGGCGCAUUUUUGGUGUGGGAUGCCGCAGUAUAUAUGUCCGCGGAGCGAUCGGCGAACGGAGCAUAGUCCGCAGACGGUCCAGGCAUGUGAUGGAUAUCGUACGGCAUUGAUUCCGACGAUUGCGAUGAUGGUGCAUGGGCCCCAUGCCAAUGCAGUAAUCCGAGAACGGUGGUUCCAGCGAUUGAGUGAGCAUGGGGUGGAUAAUAUCCGGGCGAACGAUACAGAGUUGAUUCGGUAUUUGGGACAGAUGGCGCGGAAUUGUGGACGAAAGCGAGCGCAGAUUACGGAAGAGUUUAUUUGGUUACGGAGAGCAUAUCAAGGAGUUGAGCGUGGUGGGUAG